AGAAAACAGAAAAGGGAGGAUUUUUUGGGGGGAGUUUGGUGUGUCCUUUUUUUUGUUUUUAAGACUCCUCUCCUUCUUUCCAGCCUUUCCCCUCGUCCUCCUCUUCUGGAGCAUUAAUGUCCGUUUUUAGGAGGCUUUAAAUGUUGAACUUGAUGGGUGUUUUAAACGCCACCGCCGCCAAUGUCUCCUGUACUUGUAACUGCAAGCGCUACACCUCCCUCCAGAGCAUGGAAAUCACCCAGCUGGAGUUCGUCCAGAUCCUGGUGAUCGUGGUGGUGAUGAUGGUGAUGGUGGUGGUGAUCACCUGUCUGCUGAACCACUACCGCCUGUCAGCACGCUCCCUCCUCUCCAGACACGCCCCCACACGCAGGAGACACCUGCCGCUGGCCAACGAGGGAUGUCUGUGGUCUUCUGAGGGUACAGGGACCAGCAGUGGUCUAAAUGAGCACCAGGUGUACAACCCACGUCCUCCAGACAGAGCGGUCCCCUCGUCCUACCUGCAGCGGGAGCCUCAGCACGCCCAGCCCCAGUCCCAGCCUCCUGCUCUGCAGUCCCAGCGCUUCCAGCACACUUACGCCCCGAGUCGCUUCCAGCCGACGUACCCCUACCUGCCCCAGAGCCUCAUCGAUCUCCCCCCAACCAUCUGCCUCUCGGACGGCGAGGAGCCCCCGCCGUACCAGGGACCCUGCACCCUGCAGCUUCGAGACCCCGAGCAACAGAUGGAGCUGAACCGCGAGUCGGUCCGAGCACCGCCCAAUCGAACAGUGUUCGACUCCCACCCCCUCGACCCAUCCAGCUCCUGUCUGCAGGCCAGACUGCAGGCCCCUCCUCCCAGCGUCCACUCGGGCGUCAGCGUCUUAGAAGCCCAGGAGGCCUUGUCUCGGCACCAGAAGCAGGGCUCUCGAGUAGAAGGAGCUCCGCCGACCUACAGCGAGGUGAUCGGGCACUACUACCACCCCACGUCCCUGACCCCCAGCAGCCACAACCAUCGGACUGUAUCGUCCUCACAAGCACCGCCGUCCUCGUUCAUACACGGCCUGCUCCGACCUCCGCCUCAGCAGCAAGGAAGCGUGGACAACAGGAACGCCAGGAAUACGAAGGAGAAAUCCCAGAAGCCCCAGCAGGUGUGACAGUACUGCUUCUUUAUUCCAAGCCCGUGUCGGGGGGAAAACCAGGAUUUUGGUCAGUAGCCAAUGAGGAACAACCUGGUGAAUGGUAAAAUCCCCUCUGAUUGGUUCAAGGGCUGGUUAGUUGUAGUCCCACUUCAUGGAUCGGACUGGGGAGCAGCUCCUCAUCUGGAAACCGCAUCGCUCCUGCAGAGCACAGUUGCAGGAGCUGGUACUUCCUGUUCCACAGCUUCUUACUUCCUGUCUGGGGAGCACUUCAGAUGAUGAUGUCAGAGAAGAAGGGCAGACGGUGCAAAGGGAAGGGCGGAUACAGAAACCUCUGUGGUCUUCUUCCCUUAACCUCGUCCCUCCUCCACUGGACUGAUCUAACUUCAUUCAUUAUAAAUAUUUACUUGUUCUGUUCGUUUCUAGAGAACUUUUUGUUUGUUUGUUCGUCUUUUUUCGCGCUUACAGAAAAUCUUUCUAUCCAGGCAAACGGCGAAAUGUUGCAAUCUUCUUGGUUCUUCCAGGUUUUUUUGUUUUUUAGUGAUAAUCCCCCUCGCUGCUUUGAUUCCAUUUAGUUCACGACUGCACAGUCCAACCUUGGCGGCGACUCCUGCACCAGGCGUUAGCUGCAUCACCGGGACGUGUCAGCGCAUGUUAGCACAUUAGGAUAUUUCCAGAAAGAGUUUAGAUUUAGUUAGCGUAAUCUUAAGCUUACAAGUCGUAGCACAGUGCUGAAAGUCCCCGAGCUCAACGUUUCUGCCUUAUAUCGACCAACCGAUGCAGGAGUCGUCACCAGAAUCCCUUUUUUAGUUUUUUAUCUUUUGUUUUCUAAAGAAGGUUUGCACAAGACUGUUCACCACAGAAAAAGAAUCCGCAAUAUGAUCGACGAGAGAGAAAACAGAGAAAGUAGGGGUAUUUUUCUAAACUUUAUAGUUUUUUUUCUGUUUUUAUAUGUUGUCUAGUUGUAGAAAAAGAACAUCAUUGAUCUGUUGGGGUGCCAACUUUCGCAUUUUUUGCUGCAUACAUGUUAUUACAUUUUUGAGUAUAUAUACACACAUGUAUGCAAACCGAGAGCGAACUUAAAAAGCACGAUUUUAGAGUUAUUUAUAUAAUUGCUGAAAAGAAUUGCACUAUUUUCUAGUAUGCGCAGAUGGAACGUGUGAGAGAGACUUUUAUUGUGAAGGAGCUCUGUGUAUUGUAAACAGACCGAGAGACCGAAAAAAAAAGCACGGGUACUCACCAGAGGGUCCGAGCAGCACAGUGCACAGCAGACGGGAACACAUCAUGGGGAGACUGGUUCAACGGACUCGGAUUAACCCAUACUGUACCAUUGAUAUAUAAAAAAAGAUAAAACAAAUCCUUCAUUUAUGCAAACGUCCAAGUCCUGCGAACCAACCACAAGUCAGCGUCCACCCUGCGGGCCCAAUCAGAAAAUCUGUUCGCAGCUCUCUCUCUCUCACCUUAUUGGCCGAAUCGAAUCCCAAAGCUGGCUGUCACUACCUCGACCAAACAAGCCAAGCACAGCUCGCUCGCGUUGAUCAGACGUUUGUCACAUCGAACAAAUGUCUGAACUAAUCACGACAAUGUGUAAUGUAACAGUAGAGUAGAGUAGAGACGUAGUCGAGUUUUUUAAUCUUGCUGUGUUUUAUUUAAUGUCAGAAUUUUUUGGGUGAAAAGAGAGAGAGACAAUGCAGAUCCAGUGACACCUAACGUCCCCUCUGUAGUGAACUACUGAGGAGAAAGGUCGCCCAAAAAUGAGUGAUACGCUGACUGUGCACUGCUGCAGUCACACACAUGCACACAUUACAUUUUCGGUCACACACCUUCGCAUCUUUCUUGCAUUCUCAGCACACACACACACACACACACACACACACACACACACACACACACACACACACACACAAUCCCCUCUGGUGAGUCUCUGUCUCUUGCAGGCAUCUCUGAGCACUUUACUGCAGCAGGAACGAGACAACAAUCUUCUGUCAGCCAGCGUCAGCAAAUUAAAAUUUAAAAAACUUAAAAAACUACGAUAGAACCCUUUAAUAUUGUAGAUUAGAUUUCCCGAACUUUAGUUCCACACUUUUAAAAGAUGCAAAGAGUUUUGCUCCGAGCUUUAAACAUCCUUCAAGUGGAAAAUAUUACUUAACAACCUGGAAGAAUGGAUUUGUCAGUCCUUUUAAGUACUUUGAAUAGUAAAACACCAGUUUCAGUGCCAGCAGCAACAUUUUCGAUACCUUACUUUGAAAAAUAUGUAAGUGUUUAGCUACAAAAUCCUUCUUGGUUGAUUGUACCACACUUGGAGCGCAGAGUGUACUCUGGGUACAGACGGAGCAGCAGAACGUCAGGCUCAGUGAAACCAUUCAUUACGCCGGGUCAAAAAGUUGCGUUUCCUCCCUCUGCCAGCCGCUCCUCCAUCGAUCUGAUCUGAUCAGCUCUGAGCGGAUCAACAGAUCAGAUAUUGAGAACUUGACUCAAACUCCACAAACUGCAGCUAAGGAGCAAAAGUUCCACCUGCGCUGAUUUUAAGGAUCUGUGACUUUAUAGAGGGGACACAGAAUGAUUAAAGAAAGCUACUACCACAAAUAGAUUCUAAUUCAGUGGGAAACACUUUAUUUUCUCAAAAAUAAGCCAAUAAGAUUGUGAAUGUGCCAACAGUUUUUCAUGCUUGGUGCUGCAGACUCGUUUAGGCAUCACAAAAAGAGCACUGGGGUUCAACAGCCAGCCAGAGUAUUGACUUUUAAUGACUUAAUUAUUUGAAUGUUUUUAUUCAUUUUCUUCCCGUGGUGGAUGAUGUUUCGCUGUCGGAGCAGAACUCUUUGUGCGUCAAACGCAGCAUGAAACGGGUUGUUGCAAACUAGACACACUGAAGUGUUGAAAAGUGACACGAGUGUUAAUAGCAACUCGUCUUUUGUUGUCUUUUAAAAAUGUGGAACUGAAGGUCGAACUAAAGUAGAAAAUUAGAGCACGUUUUUGUCUUUUAGAUGCUUCUCGUGCGAGUGUUCAGUGAGCGUCCACUCUUUUUAUGUUAAAUCGAUUUGAAAGUAGCCUUUAGUGUCCAGCCUUUAUGCAACAGCGCCCUCCAAAGGGACCGAACCGAACCGCAGCCAAAACUCACAGCUGAAUUUUGCAGCCUGAGGAGAGGAGAGACUCAAAAAGCCAAAAAAAGAGACAAAUUAUGAAUAUAUAAUCUGAUACAGUGAAUCAUAAACUUGUUGUCUUUUCUUUCUCCUGUGGCAUCGUUACAUAAGAGUCUCAGAGUGAAGCAUCUCUUUGUCUGAAAAGGUCUGGCUUUUUGUUUUGAAGUUAUUUCCAGAAUCCUUAAAGACUCUUUUAUAUGACAGAGGAUUAGGGCUUUGUUAAUGAAAAAAAACUGUUAGAUUUCAAGAAUAAAAAAAUAUU